AUUCACGGAUCUACAACACUCAGGGGAGUCUAUCUGAUUCAAGCGAUUCAACUAACUUGGCUGCGCUUUUAAACAGUUCAGAAUGCGCUCAUUACCUAUUGUUCUAAUCCUUGUGUCAUUGAUCGCUUGCUCAGCGAGGCCACAACAAUCUUCUCUGCGUUCCAAGCGCUCCCGUAAGUAUUUUGAGUGUAAUGCAGUGAAAUUGCGAACGUUUACGAGUUCUGUCAGACAUUUGCCAUGUGCUAUCGCCCAAAGUUUUGAGUAUAUUUCUUGUUGUUUAUUAUUAUUACUGUCGAAAAGUUAAAUUCUUACCUGUGAGUUUCCUUUCCAUCUUCGGAAGUGUAUCUCUAAGUUAAUUCUGAAGCAAAAGAAGUAACAGCAAUAGCAGUCGCAAUUGCAGAAGCAGAAGUAGUAUCACCAUUGGGAUAGGCUUUAACCAGAAAAUAUAAAGCAAAAAACAGUGACAUCUCUUUACUUCAGGUACGAAAGCUACAGUCGCCCCACCAUCCACCCCACCGUGACUAUUUUCAUCCUAAAAAAUCUAUCAGAAUCACCCCCACGGGGAGGAGUUGUCUUAUCGUCAGUUUUGCCGAUGGUUUAAACUUGCCGCUCGUAGGAUAAUAGGACAUUUUGAAUACAGUUUUGCGUGCAUUUUAAAGCUGUUUCUGCCAUUGUUCCAAAGUAGCCAUAUACGAUCAUUGUUAAUCGUUUAACAAAGCCUGCUGUUAUCUAAGUUGAUCCACAUUUCUUGAUACGAGUCUAUUGAAACAAGACUUACACAGAUGGAGGUUGUCUCCAUUUCUACUGAUAACUCUAUGAUAACCCAGUGGGUUCCGCUUCACCUCUAAGUAUCAGUCAUCAAAGUGGUCAAUUCAUACCGUUACUGAUCAAAUCUGCUCCGCCAAUCUUUUUCCAAAGUUUGAGGAAAAAAAAACACCAGAACCAUUUAUAUUUCAAUAUGCCGUAAAUUGUACAACCUUCAUCGCAAAAGUGCCAACGAAAAACAUUGAAACAUCAAACUCAAUCGACGGAAGUGAUUGAGGGCCUUUACAAUGAUUCCUUCACGAACGUUUGAUUACAAGAGUGAGGGUAUUAUAGAUACAGGUGUUCCAGUAAGCGUUGAACUUUUUUCAAAGUUACAAGAAAGAGGUUACAUGAUUCCCGCCAUGAAAUUUAUUCUACAGUCUUAAUAAUGCGAAGCAAAGACAUUAGCUAAGCUAUGUUAUCUCUAAUUUGUUGAAAAAAAGGUGGCCUAUAUAUGUUCAGCGCUUAUAGCAAAAGAAAGGGACAGGUUAAAGUGACUCGGUUUUAUCAACCAAUUUGUCAAUGUAAACUGGCCGCCGUAGAGAGUUUCAAAAGCCAGCGUUUUUAGCGAUAGCCCUUCGUAUUCGCUCUGACGAAGGACUGAAGCUUGAAAAAUACGGUAACCAAUUUCAUUUUAAUUCAGUUGAUAAAGCCAAAUCAUCUUUUAAUAACCACCCCCCACCGACGUAGCACCACAGUUUCCAUAGAAACGUACACCUUUAUUCAGUUAGAGUAACUGAUAAUUCUCAUCCUAAACAGACUGCGUUGACUGGUAUCAGUAUUGCAGCUAUUGGAGACGUCUUGGAUAUUGUCAUCCCAACAGUUAUUACUACAACUCAAUGAGGAUGUAUUGCAAGAGGACAUGCGGUCUUUGUGAAGGUGGGUUCAGCGGUAUAUUAUAUUAGGUACGAACCAUUUACCUUUUAACUCUCAAGAUCUGAAUGUUUAUUCUCCUUCUAUCUUAUACACAUUUCCUUUUAAAUGAGUAACGAGAAUUUGGCGUUAAAUCAAGGUAACAACUUCUACCUGACAAGUUUGAGUAUUCCCAAUACCUAUUUGCUGGAUAAUGUGUGGAUAUUAAAUGGAGAAGUUUCAGGUUAAUCACAUCUGGGAGUUAAGGGUUAACAGAGCCUUACACUAUGCAGAGUUCUUUGUACACUCCCCAAGCAGCUACGUUUUUUCUCUCGUCGAAAUCACUUGAAAGAAAGUCGUCUAUUUUUUAUAUUCCGGAAGGUUCCUUUAGUCAUGUUUCUAAGCAACCCUCUCUGCUCUUGUGCAAUUUGUUCCACUUUUUUAAGAACGGCCAUUUUUGUAAAAAACAAUUAUCGUUAUUUCUGCGACAGAGUAGAAUUACAGAAAGACCUGUGUCAAAAAUGGCAGACUUAAUUGUUCUUAUUCUGUAUACAUGCAAAUUACCCCUUCUUGCCUCGUCAACAUGUCUAAAAAAAAUUCUGUUCAAAAGCGAACCCAACAGGGCUGUAGAGUUACAGAAAGACCUUUGUCACAAAUGGCAGACUUGAUUGUUUUUUUUGGUAUACAUGCAAAUUACACCUUUUGACCUCGUCAACAUGUUUGAAAAACUAAAUUCUGAUCAAAAACGAAGCCAACAGGGCCUAUAUGUAAGGACCUGAAAGAAUAAGAACCGCACCAGCCUCUGUAAAAGGAAUCGGGUGUAAAAAGGACUCAUUUCAGGUUCAUUUUGUUUAUAGUUACAGACAUUUAGUUUAAAAAAAAUUCUAAACUAUAUUUGUGUAUUCCUUCUUUGUGUUAGCAUGCAGGGAUAAAAAUGCAAAUUGCAGAUAUUGGGGCAGCCGAGGAUACUGCCAACAAGGAAACUAUUACUACAAGUACAUGAUCACCUACUGCCCGGCUACGUGCAGCGUUUGUAGUAAGUAAAAUAAUCUAGUGAAGGACAUGGAAAGGAACUAACGUCCUUAUCAUACGGCUUGAGGUAAAAACUCCAGGAACUGAGCCAAUAUAUUAAACCUAUUUUGUAGAGUUCUUACAGAAAAGUACGUCAGAUUUUUUUUAUUUCUUUAUUUAUCACUUUAAUAAUUAUUUAUACACAUAAAAAAUUCUUUUCACCCGAUAUGAUUUUAAUGCACCGGGUAUCUAGGUAUUUUUAGCUGGCAGUUCUUUUAAGUCGUUUUUUUUCUUUCUUGACCUUUCAAUUUCGUCGUCUUCUCUCUUUAGAUUGUUUACCUGACUCAUAUGGAUCCUGCUCGUAUUGGAAAAGACUUGGUUAUUGUAGCUCCGGCAGUUAUUACUACCGAUACAUGUUACUUCAUUGUCAAACAUCAUGUGGAUUUUGUGUCCGUAAGUAGCGACGUGAUCUGCUCCUUCCACAUACAGGACAACUGUAUAAAAAAUAAAUUUUAGUUUACCAUGCUUCUGUUCAUUCGCACAUCACAGAGACAUGUCUAACUUGACGUUUGGCACUCUUACGUUUGCACAGAAGCAGAUGCUUUUGUAGACAGAAGUAAUGUAUAAUUCAUUUGACGUAACCGUACUUCCUGCAUAAGUACAGUUCUAUGCCUUUGAGUAAUUCUUCACAGAGAAAAUCCAACAAUGACGCUAUCAUCGUUGAGUACAAGGUCAAAGCUUCUCAGAAAACUUUGCCUGAGUUCCUAUAACGUCUCCUUUCACUUAAAUGGUUUAUUUCAGAGCCCACUACAACUCCAGUGACCACUGCUGCACCAGUUACCACUGCUGCGCCGGGUACCACUGCUGCACCGGGUACCACUGCUGCACCGGGUACCACUGCUGCACCAGGCACUACGGCUGCGCCAGGCACCACCGCUGCACCAGGCACCACCGCUGCACCCGGUACCACUGUUGCACCAGGUACCACUGCUGCUCCAGGUACCACCGUUGCACCAGGCACCACUGCUGCACCAGGCACCACCGCUGCACCCGGUACCACUGCUGCACCAGGUACCACUGCCGCUCCAGGUACCACUGCUGCACCAGGUACCACUGCUGCCCCAGGUACCACUGCUGCCCCAGGUACCACUGCUGCACCAGGUACCACUGCCGCUCCAGGUACCACUGCUGCACCCGGUACCACUGCCGCUCCAGGCACCACCGCUGCACCAGGUACCACUGCAGUGCCAGGCACCACUGCUGCACCAGGCACCACCGCUGCACCAGGUACCACUGCUGCACCAGGUACCACUGCUGCUCCAGGUACCACUGCUGCACCAGGCACCACUGCUGCACCAGGCACCACCGCUGUACCGGGUACCACUGCUGCACCAGGUACUACCGCCGCACCAGGUACCACUGCUGCACCAGGUACAACUGCCGCCCCAGGUACUACUGCUGCACCGGGUACCACUGCUGCUCCAGGUACCACAGCUAGCCCUGUGACCUCGGGGGAACCAAGCACCACGGAUAGUCCUUCAACAACAGAUUCACCCAGUACUUCUGCAAAUCCUUCAACCACGAAUGCGCCGAUCACAACUUCACAGGUUUCGACAGCUCCUCCAGCUCCCGCUGGUAUUACAGAUAUUUUACUUCUUUAAGUUUUUCUCCCCUAGAUAUAAAAGUUUUAUUACUGAGUUAAGUAAAAGUUUGCAUGAAAAUUCCAACUCGCUUUUUAGCUGAAAGCACAUAGAUUAAUUCCAAAAGGAGCAUGAAAGAAGAAAAUUAAGUGCAAAAAUUUGAAAUUUUGUCUAGGGAACUAAUAUAGGAUGUAUCUAAUUUUUACACGUCUUAGGAAACCCUCCUUGUGCUAAUUUAACCCAAAUUGCUCCAACAAAAUCAUUUCAUUUUAAAUUGACUUAAUGAAUCACCGGUAAAGUAUAAACAUAUGGACCUUAAAAUGUGCCGUAUAGUUUCAUCAGUGGAACCCUGCGAUAUGUACGCUCUUUUUUUAUUUUUCAGAACAUGCCAAAGAAAACUGCUCUUUUUAAAGCAUAUGACCUUUAAGGAUAAUCAUUUACAAUCGCUCUGAAUUUUUACAGAAAAUGCCUGUUUGAAGGGACACAACGACAGGCGUGCUCUGCAUGGGGCAGAUCCGCUGGUCUGGAAUGACACUUUGGUACAACGCGCUCAGGUCUGGGCAGAUUACUUAGCAGCUAACAACACUAUUGAACAUGAUCCUAAUCUCAAUGGUGAAGGAGAAAACAUAGCCUUUUUUCAGGGACAUGACUCUGCUGAUUGUGCUGAUGCCUUGAUUGGAUGGUAGGGCAAUUCUGAUUUGCAAAUUUACUUAACAUUACAUAGAAAGUCCUAAAAAUUCUUCUAAUAUUGUGUUUAAUAACAAUCGUUGCUUCAUGCCCGUCUUCAAAAAAGAAGGAUUGCUCCAAUCAGUUAGAAACAUGCAGUAAAUUAACAACCUUCGCAAAAGUUUGGUAAGGCUGACCACUUCAGAAUAGUCAAAACAUUACGAUUUAGAGUCAAUAGCCCGAAACUACAAUGAGUGACAAAAGCAGUUGACGUGCUUCCCCCUUACUUGAUGGUCGACAACCCUACACUCGGCCUAAUAAAGAGAAAUGUUGUAAAUAUUCGUCAAAGCUUGUUUCAAGUCCUCCCUUUCCCCAAAAAUGUUUCCUGAAAUAAGUGAAAUUCACUUUUAACAUUUUUUUUUAAAAACUAAACUAGUGAGUGGAACUCUGCGAACAGAAGUUAUAAAACUUCUCUAUUCUCUGACGCGUUUCGUCAAACUCUCGUAGACUUCUUCAGGUAGUUAUACAAGUGAACACUAAAUGCUAUUACGGGAGCCAAUGACCAUAUAGGCUUGGCUGGACUUACGAAAAGGAACAGGCUAAAUUGUGCAAAAUUUUGAAAAUUUUUCAGGCGAGGUGGAAAAAUAUCGGUCGCCACGGUUUUAGCUAAAAAUAGGCAACAUUAAAAUGUGGGAGAGGGGGGAAACAAUGAGCGUCAUAUAAAAAUUUCAAAAAGCAGUAGAGAGUGCAAAAGACUUUCGCCACUUAUUGUACCUUAAAUGAAAUAUGACAUUUUAGAUAUAUGUACAUUUUGAAAUGAGAUUUGUUAACGUUAACGUUUACUGAUCUACGCUUACCUACAGAACCAUUACAUUAAAAGCAAUAUAAACCUCUAGACGACUGAAGCUAGAAUAUACCAUUUUCCCCACUUCUUAAGGUAUGACAAUGAAGAACCCAAUUACGAUUAUAGCAACCCUGGAUUUACAUCCCAAACGGGUCACUUUACGCAGGUAAACUCCUUAGCUUACCUGUAGAUAUCAUUGUGUUUAUUUGUUUUACGUAGUCCUUCCGUAAUGGAAUGAAAUCAUUUUUCUCGACGAACGAAGGGCAAUCAGUACUAAAUGGUAGCAUUAGAUAUCUCAAGAUAUCUCAUGAAAAGUUUGUCUACACAACUAUUACUCUGAAAUAGUUGAGGGUUUAGCAAAUCCUACAGAACAAUCGUACUUGUUAAUAAGACAAGGACCAGUGUCCAAAUCUAAGAAACGAAAGAAAAAGGUAAAGGAAUUGAGAUCUUUUUGGGAUAACGGUUAAAAGGCUUGGCUAAUUUACUCGUAUCUGAUUGUGACUACAGCAGUAGACGAAAGGAAAAUAUUGAUUCUCAUAACAGCAUUCAAACAUUAACAUUGCACACUCAAUAACGUCGUCAAAGUUUCACACCCUCCACUUUGACGUACGCACCAAACCUUCAGGGUAAACUGAGCCUAUAGUCUUUCGAAGGAGAGAAACACAAGCAAAAAUUGAGGGGUUUCGUAUGAGGCUGGAAAGAUUUUCCUGCAAAACUAAUUUUAUAAAUCUUGAAAUUGAAGGGGACGAAGCACCCUUACAUGCAUCCUCUGACACGCAUAAAACAGGUUCCACCCUAAUCGAGACAGGGGGGCUGGAACCGAGAUGUGCAAACCGACCACCCUCCCUCUUUCUUGUCUUGAUAAAAUAAAUACUAACGUACCGACCUAGCCCAAUCGACAACGAUUCGGCAUUCAAACCAACCAGAAUCCUGUAUCUGAGCUAAACAUUUUUUAUCCAGUUUGUGGAUCACAAUACCACUCCAAUUAGUUAUUUCUCUUAAAUCUUUCCAUACGUACUCGAUUCGCGAGAUAUUUCAGCCCAAAUCCGCGGGGUGUAUACCUACUCAGUUCUUCCUAGAUAAACUUAAACUCCGUUUUAAAAUGGCAUGUAUCUGCCAUCCUCAGGUCGUGUGGAAGGCAACUACAUCCGUUGGAGUGGCUCAAACUUCAACCGGGUCGGGACAGUCAAAAAAUAUACAUUGUGGCUCGCUAUUAUCCGGCAGGAAACGUCAAAGGUUUCUUCAGUGA